AUGUUACUUGACAAAGAAAUAGAUAGAGACUUCCAAAUGAUGCUUUUACCUUUGAACAUUCUGGAAUUCCUCUACUGCCAACCGAAAUUCCGGAUCACACGAACAUUUAUCACUGCGAACGGCAUUCGAGAAACACUGCUUUGUACAUUAGGUGUUCUUCUAAUGAUCCUUUCGAAUCUGGGCUAUAUAUCUGUUAACAGUUACAUUCCUGGCAAUGGUGAAGUAAAUGACAUCAUAUAUGUAUUUUUAUUUACCGAUGCAACGUUUUACAUCGUAUAUUGUCUAUUAAUUUACGCGAUGAACAUAAUCCAAAAAGACAAGAAUGUGCAACUCAUUAUUAAAAUGCAGAAUGCUUAUAGAAUACUCCAUAAUAAAAAUGGUUUGAAAAGAUUCCAAAAGAACAACUGGAUCUUUGUUGUUGGUGUUUUCCUUUUCUAUUUCUCGUACAAUUUAAGCUAUACAGUCUUUAACAUUUAUCGCGUAGCACAUCUUUUGUAUAACAUAGUUUUAUUCUAUUUCGACGUGAAUAUUAUUGUGGCUAUAAGGAUUGUAAAGUUUUUGGAAUAUGAGCUAAUACUUUGGAAAAAACAAUUGAAUGAAUUUCUGAAGACUUGUUCGACGACUAAUCACACACAUCUUGUUAAAUACUUGGUGGAUGUCAGUUAUGAAGAAAGACUACUUUUGAGCGCUUAUUCAAACAUCAUUGGAGCUUUUAAGCUAUGCCGCAGUGUUUUCGGCAUGUCUAUAUUGUUGCUAUUGGUGGAAGGGUUUGGACAUCCUCUAAUCUACAUCCAAUUCUUCAUAGACAUCGGCAAAUCCCAUACAGAAAAUGCCCAAGCUGCCUCUUUCAUUAGUCUGAUGGUAACAUUUGUAUGGAUAUUGAAAUCUGUGUCGCUACUUUGCUGUUUGAGUGUGGUGUGUCAAAGGUUCUACUUGGCUGUAGCUGAUGUGGAACAUGCCUGCGCGGUUGUACGCUGCGAUGAGGGGUGCCUUGGUAAGUCAGACAAUGGUCCAAAUAACCCCAGUUUUGAAUUAGGGAUAGGGAAGUAA